GACACUUCAGACUUGUUUGUUGUGGAAAAUAUGCAAGAUACUUAGUCGACUUCCAGACGCAUAACUAGAAACACUGCAAGCAAAAAUGCAAGCGCGAAAGAACGUUCUUAAUUUAAUGUCAACAAUUGUUGGCAAUUCUUGCAAAUGUCCAGCACACUCCCAACACUAUGGAUCAACUGUUCUCGCAAGGAAAAUGGAAUACGCCUUCGAGAUGUCUUCUUCGACCGUGCGCUUUGGACCUGGAGUCACCUACGAAUUGGGGGCAGACUUGAAGAAUCUGGGAUCGAAAAAUAUUUGCAUUGUCACAGAUCCCAAUGUAAUAAAAGUGCAAAGUGUUAAGAGUGCAUUUGACUCAAUGACAGCAAAUGGAUUGAAUUAUGAGGUUUACGAUCAGACAAGGGUCGAACCGACCGAUGCAAGUCUUUGGCAUGCGGCCACUUUUGCCAAGAGUCGUAAUUUUGAUGCUUUUGUUGCGAUCGGUGGAGGUUCGGCCAUCGAUACUUGUAAGGCUGCAAAUCUAUAUGCCAAUGAUCCUGAUGCCGAAUUUUUGGAUUAUGUUAAUAAGCCAAUUGGAAAGGGAAAAGAGAUUUCAGUGAAGCUGAAGCCAAUGAUCGCUGUGCCUACAACUGCCGGAACUGGUUCGGAAACUACAGGAGUUGCGAUUUUCGAUUAUAAGAAACUACACGCAAAGACGGGAAUUUCAAGCAAACUUCUUAAACCACAAUUAGGUCUAAUCGAUCCUCUUCACACACUUUCGCUGCCAGAAAGGGUCACUGCCUACUCGGGAUUCGAUGUUUUCUGCCAUGCCUUAGAGAGCUUCACUGCCAUAGAAUACACUGAACGUGGCCCAGCACCUGAGAGCCCCAACUUACGCCCACCAUAUCAAGGACGUAACCCUAUUUCUGAUGUCUGGGCCAGAUUUGCAUUGAGGGUGAUUCGAGAGCACUUUUUGGAUGCCAUCUAUCAACCAGAUAACGUGAAAGCGCGAUCCGAAAUGCAUUUAGCAUCGACAAUGGCCGGUGUUGGCUUCGGCAAUGCAGGUGUACACCUUUGCCAUGGACUGUCGUAUCCUAUUUCUGGAAACGUUCGAACAUUCCUACCCGAUGGCUAUGAUGCACACCAUCCAAUCAUACCCCAUGGAUUAUCGGUUGUAAUCAGUGCCCCAGCUGUUUUUGAAUUUACAGCCCCUGCAUGCCCAGAUAGACAUUUGGAAGCAGCUCAACUGCUGGGCAGAGACGUUUCGAAUGCUAAGUUAGCUGAUGCUGGGAAAAUACUUGCAGAUGUAAUGCGGGAAUAUAUGCAAAAAGCUAAGAUUGAGAAUGGUUUGAAUGGACUAGGAUUUAAGAAUGACGACAUAAAUGCCUUGGUCGAGGGAACAUUGCCACAAGAGCGCAUAACUAAAUUGGCUCCUAGGGAACAGAGUCGAGAGGAUUUGGCAAAAUUGUUUGAGAAUUCAAUGGAAAUAUAUUAAAGAAUUUUACUUACCUUCUUUUUUUUAGUUUAAAUGAAAAUAAAAUGUACAAAUAAAACA